UCCACCAGCCGUUAUUCCCGCAAAGACGCACUCGGCCCAUAAUACUCAUAUAAAACCCAGCCAAUACCCUUUUGUCCAUCCUCCUGGUAUCCUCAUAGUUUCACACCACUAUCCACGUCUGUCGGCUGCGGAGAAACAUCAAAUUUUCACAUAUCAAGGCCUUUACGUGACUAUCUCCAAGCAUGUCGGCGACGGUGCCCACUCUCGCCGCCGCCGAAGAGCCUGUCAUCGAUCCCGCCUUGAUGGAUGAGAACGAAGCCGUAGUUGACCAGGCAGUUACUCUUUCCGUUGAAAAGGAAUCUGACAACGGCAGCAACGGCCAAGGUCCUUCCACUCUGCAAGCAGCCAUCACUGCCAGUGACCCUGUGCCGCAAGAAAGCACACAUGUUGUAGACUCCUCUGCUGUUGAAGCUUUGGCCGACAUAGCAAGUCCCUCGCCAACCGCCGAAGCCUCCAACAACGCCGUUGCUGGUCCAUCUAGUCUAGUGCACGCUGCCUCUGCCAGUGCCGAACCACCAUGUUCUGUCCUUGUUCAGGCCUCUUCUUACACACUGCCUGAUGCUGAAGCUACUCUUGUUGCCCCUAGCCCUCCCCAUGGUCCUUGGCUUUCUCGAGAAGAAGCGGAAGAGGCCAUCCGCGCCUACGCUCUCGCCAACAACUUUGACGUCACCAUCACUCAUUCAGAUGUAUAUCGCCAUGUCAUCACCAUGGCUUGUGUCAAGGGAGGGAAAUACAGAUGUACCAGGGGACCUACUCAUGAUGAAGUAAGACAGAGAGGAAAGAGAACAGGCAAGACUGGUUGCAAUUGGAGGGUGACAAUACGGGAUGAAAAUUACAAGCCGCACCGUUACCACGAUGAGAAGCAAAAAUGGGACUAUGUUCCUAUGUCUGAUCUCGUGAACACUCAUAAUCACCCACCAAUAUUACCCAAAGACAACCCGAAAGUCCGACACAAGACUAUUACCCCGCAAGUCAAGGAGUUAAUCUACAAGGAGGUGAACAAGGGAACACCUACUAGGAAGGUCUUGGAGAAAAUUCAAAAGGAAUUUCCAGAUUGCCUGGCUAAUAUGGUUGAUGUGAAGAAUUUGAUUGGCAGGAGGAAGAAGGAGUUGCCCACGAUGGGGUUGUAAUCAGUAUCAGUACGGCGGCGGCGGAAGUCGUUACAAGAUGGGGUGUUUGUAGUGAAGUUGCGCCUGCGUAGACCGUAUUUUAAUCAUUGUAAUCACUAUGCUUUUUUUGGGCUUGCGUAAUGUAUCAGUACUCCA